UACUCGGCAGGGUUUAGUACGUGAGCUGUAGGUGUCCUAGUUGCUUAUUGCACAAUAUGAUUUUGGUAGAGAACCUGGUACAAAAUAUAAACAAAUAUUGAAGCAUGGUUUAAGUUGUUUUGUUUUUUUGUGGUUAUGUUUUUAUAAUGUGCGUUAAAAAUCUUACACGCGAAUGUGAUGUCUGGAGAAUUGAUGAAAUCGUAGAAAUUCUCCAUAAAAUUGGUAUUGACGAAUUAUUGACCAGCAAUAACGUAUUAUUCACAAAUAUCAUCGCAAGUAAUUUGGCGAGAAAAACUUGUGAUUUCAGUGAUAGUUCUUUGAAGCAAUUAAAUGAAUUGAAAUUCUUGUUAAUGCUUAGACUGAAGUUACGGGGGAAUGAAUAUUUACCAGGGAGUGAAGACUUGGUUAAGUUUUGUUGUGAUUCUUUAAGAAGUCAGAUAUGUGACGAAAUUCGAUCUCACUUUUCAUUGCUUAGUGAUAUAUUGGUAAAGGGUUUGCUACUGUCGAAGCAAAAUGCAGUUGUGUUGGACUUGCUCCAGGAAAGCAGUUGUAACAUAGUAAAUUGUUUUUCAGUUUUAGGUUUAUCAUUAGGAGAAACUGAAUUACUGCAUGUGUCAAAGUAUACAAACAGUAUUCUUGCAAACUCUGUAAUAUUGGAAUCAGUCGUGGAGUUUUAUCGGUUAGCUUCAAAUACAGAUAUUAUGAAGCAUGAAGAGGUAUGCAAGAUUCUUGAUGAAGACUGUUUAUGUGAAGCUGUUUUAAAAUUGGCAACUUGUGGUUUAAAAGAUGUAGUUGUACAUACACUGACUUCACUUGUACCAAAACUGGCUGAUUUCAAUCAAUCCAUUUUCAGUCACAUAUGGUCAGAAAUUAGUAUGUCUGUAAAACAUAACCCUACGGACAGUACUAAAACCAUGUGGAAUCUGUUCAACAUUUGCACACUUGCUGACUAUUACUUUCCAAGCAACAUCAAUGAUAGGUUUGUGAGCCUUAUUUCAAGUGAUGUGUUGUGGAAGCUGUUACAAGAAGGGUUGGUUCAUGAUGAUUCAACAGUACGAAAACAAGCAAUAUAUGUAAUGAAGCGGACCAUUGAUAUUGUCAUGCGACACAAACUUGUUAUUGAUGCUGAUAAUGACAAACUAACAGUGUUUUGCUGGCAACCAUCUUCUCAGGAUGAGCUUGUAAGUAUGUGGGAAAAGUAUUUUAUAGUCUUGGAGACCUUGGAAGAAACUCAAGUUCAUUUGGUCACACCAGUCUUGCGAGUAGUUGAUGAACUCAUACAAAAAUUUAUUGCCGAGUCAAUAUUUGGUAUAAAACAUGUAGGCCUACAUAUCACUUGGGUUGUGUGCAUAUUUCAUAGAAUUCUUUAUCAUGAAAACAGUUCUAUUAAAAAGUGGGGUGUAGUUGCCAUGGAUCGUCACAAAUUCAAUUUUGUUUCAGAUGAUAAUGAAUGUGCAUCGAAAGUUGUAAUAACUUUAAUCCAAGCAUUGAAUGAUUCCGCUCUAUAUUCGUGUACUCAGGGAGAGUAUUCCGCUGUUAAUCUUAAAGUUGCAGUGCAAGGCGUGCUUACCUCUGUCUCCAAACUUUCUCCUCAAAAGGCGCAGGAUGUUUUCGUGGACAUUUUGAAAGUGACAAAUACAGUUCAAUGGGACCCAGUUUCAUUGUUUUAUUUCUGUCAUUCCUUGGCAUGUAUUCCAGGAACUGAAACAAAAGUAUUGAACAGAUUGUCAGUGUAUCUUUUUGAAGAUUUUGUCAGGAAUUCACUUGCAAAUCAAAAUGUUUUCAUACGUGGUGGAGUACAGUGUUUUUUGAUAUUGGCCCUAACCAAUUUGCUUGAUUCAAAUGAUGUGGGACUACCUGCAAUAGCAAAUAUUUUAGGCUGCUUCCGGAGCAGUGAGUCUCUAAAGAGAGGCACCUAUGCUUGGAAUUCUGUGGUAGAAUGGUUGAAGACUUUUGUGGAUACUGAUUUGGUUCAGAAUUUUAGAGUUGAAAUGCUUGCUAGUUUAACAAGCAGAGAAUGUAAUGACAAUCGCAUCAAAGAGUCGUGUCUGGCAAGAAUGAUGGUGCUGUUUUGGGAUGCUGAGUGCAUGCCCUUCCCAUUUUACGGUGAGUCUUCUCCGAUAGAGGAGCACUUACUGAGACUGAUUGAUAGUUUCCGAGACACAGACAGAAGAUUGUAUGCAAAUGCAAUGAUGCAAGAAACCUGUUUGAAGUUUCUUAUUAGUCUAUUGGAAGAGAGUGAGCAACUGAGACCUUUACCUGUUGAUCAGGUCAGGAACACAGUCUUGGCUCUUGCAAGGUUGUGUAUUCCUGGUGUGCUAGUUUUUAUUUUACGCAAGUUAGCGUCAGUCUCAGAUUUUGCAGAUUACGAUGUAGCUAACUUUCUUGUUAAAGCUCUGAAAACCUUCUCAAAAGGCCCAGAGCUCUUUCCCCUGAUUUGUAAGGAAGUGGAAGUGCUUCAAACCACGGCAAUGGGUGUGUUUUUUCGGAACAACCCUCACAUCCGUAGAUAUUUUGCAUCACAUGUGCUUGUAUGGGCAUUGGAGGUAAUUCAGGCCAGUUCAGAAAAUGCACAUUGGAAAGAAAUGUUGUUGGGACAACAUGAGCAAUUUUUGUUGAAAAUCGUUGAUGAAGGAAUGCUAAAUUACAGUCCUGUUAAAGACGAGGGCACAGCAGAGCUUGCCAGAAAUUCCAACGCUUCAUGGGGUCGAGUGGCCUCCAGCUAUCUACGUAACAUAUGGUCCCUGCUUGCAGCUUUCUUGCAGGUCGAAAGAAACCAUUCAAAACUAGUAGCGUGUGCGACUGCGGCCUCCAUCUUCGACGCUGCCUUGGAAUGCGUGCAGCUUGGCGGCAAGGACAUUCUCCCGCAAGUUCUGGCUGUUGUCGGACACUUUCUCGACAGCACCACUUCCGAGAGUCUGGAGAGCGCGUCGGAGGUCCUGUCGCUGUGCUGGAAGACCAUGUUUGAGCUGCGGAAGACCGAGAUGUUUUGGCAUGCUUUCAAAGCGUUUGUUGCUGCUGCGUUCACCGAAAGUGUCCUGCGGAACCCUUUGCUGCAGCCGGUAACUGUGCAGUAUGCGCGCAACAUUUUGGAUCAUGGCGAGAAUGUUUCGAAGCUACCCUAUGUUCUGCUGCAGCAACUAAACAAAGAAGUGCAAUGCACUUCUGUCCACUUCCUAGAUCCAUUUGUGGACAUUUUGGCAGAGGCGUUGGUGUUUGGCCCUGUGCAUCGCAGAGACUUGAGGAUGGUGAAUGACACCUGUGAUUAUAUUGAGUCUCUGGGUGUGCAGUUAUCUGUCAAUGAGUUGCUAGAAAGUGACUGCCAAGCCAACAACAAGGUGCGGGCACUUGCAGUGGGACUACUGCUACGCCUCGUUAGUUCUCCUGAUGGCCACCAGACGGCUUUCAGAGUCUUGGACUACCUGAGGGAGAAAGACCGAGUUGCAUCAUCAAGGAAACCGUUCUACCACAAAGACUCUCAGCUUCAUCGGCUCAAGCACAGAGUGCUCCAAGUGCUGUUGAUUCUGGAGCCUAUACUUUCGUUGGCACGGAGCGAGGGGGUGGCGGCCUGGCUGAGCGCCUGCCUGCUCAGCGACAGCCCUCAGCCCAGCGUGCGCUACCAGCAGGAGUGGCUGCUGAUCCUGAUCCUGCUCAGGCAUCCACAGCUGCACGGCUCUCUCUGGGACGCCACCCGGCAGGCCCUGGAGACGAGGACUGGAAGCAUGUGCUCCUUCGUCUCCGUGCUCUUCCACGUCGCCCGCUGCUCCCCCGCCGACCAGGAGCAGCUUGUCGACAGGACCGUGCGGGAGACUCUCCCCUGCACCAUGGCCCACCACUUCGUCGUCAGGACGUACGCCAAGGUAACAAUUAUUAAAUUAUUGAAGUUGUGCGAGGAGAAACAGUUUGACCAUUUGGUGAGCAAGUACUCGGUGGUCAAGAAGGCUCUUAAACUACAGUUGGAGCAGGGCAAUGCCGUCAAGGCCCUGGAAAAGCUCCUGGAUGAGUUCUACUUCACCAUUUUUAGCCCGGUACAUCACUACACCAUAGAGACAAUAUUUUACGACUUACCACGGCUUGCCAACGUGACUCAAGAGGAAUGGAUUCCAGUCAGUUUGUUCGAGUCACUUCCUCAUUUUUCAGCGAGCACAAUCCCUCUAAAAAAUGUGGACAGCCGUCUCAGUAAUUUCAGUGCUGCUGAUUGGAUAGUCAAGUCAACAGCCCAGGACGAGAGCAGCGGCGUGGUCCAGACCCAAGUGACCCUGCAGAAGAAGGUGGUCGCGUGGAGGGGCACGGCCCCCGGCCAGGAGGAGGACGGCGGGAGGGGCAGAGCGGGAGACGGCCUGGUGGUGGUCGCCUCGCUCGUCGACCGCCCGCCCAACCUCGGGGGCCUGAGCCGCACCUGCGAGGUGUUCGGGGCGUCGCGGUACGUGCUGGGCAGCCUCAGGUACGCCGAGGACAAGCAGUUCCAGAACCUCAGCGUGAACGCGGACAAGUGGAUCAGCAUGCUCGAGGUGAAACCACACAUGUUACCACAGUACAUUCUGUCUAUGAAGCAAGAUGGCUACUUGAUUGUGGGCAUUGAACAAACCGCCAACAGUACAAAACUGGAUAAGAUGAAGUUUCCGAAGAAGAGUUUAUUGCUGUUAGGCAAUGAGAAACAGGGCAUCCCUGCCAACUUGCUGCCGCUGAUGGACGUGUGUGUAGAGGUGCCUCAGCGCGGCCUGACACGCUCACUGAACGUCCACGUCACGGGAGCCAUCUGCAUCUGGGAGUACUACCAGCAGCACAUGCUGACCGAGAGACCAUGCACAUAGUUGCAGACUGUUCGUCUGUGCGUCGAACCACAAAUAUCAACUUCCUGUGCCACUGCAGUGUGUGUACAGAUACCUGGUGAUCCUAUCUCAGGACCUUUUAAUGAACUUUUUUUAACAACAUUUAUACAAUAAAAAGUAACAUUUAAAUAAGGUAAAAAAAAAAAAAAUACAAGAUAGAGAUAUAGCCAAACCUCAGUAUUGCAAACCUGAAAAUACCAUAAAUUUUAUCACUUUGUAAUAACCUUAACUAUUGGGAAAUCAUCAAGAAAAAAUUUAUUCAAUUUCAAAUGCCUAUCAUUAUUACAACCAUAACGAAAAUGAUGUACAAUGUCUGGCGAACGUAACCAAUAUUUAAUUUGGUCGUAUCUACUGCUGCAGACUUUCCACGCAUAGGUUUUGCCAAUAAGUGUGUUGUGAUCCCUAAACCGUUGUAGUCGACCAAUGUUGAACUUAAAGAGUCAGAAAUCCCUAACCUCAGUGCUAAGUAAUCUCUUUAUUCUGCACCAUAGGUCCAGAAAUUGACAAGUUUGGUGCAUGCAUUUCUUGAUAUCACUGAAGAAGGUAGCUUUCUUUUCUUCAUGUUUUGGAUCGUGCAUUCUUUUUCUAAUUGAUAACCUGCAAGAACACUCAAAAGCUGAUUCAAUCUUUUCACAAUUUUUUUAUUUUGUCAAUAAGGAUGAUAGCGGUAUGUUAAAGUCUCUAGCGAUUUCUUCUCCAUUGUCAACUUAUUAGGUAAUUUCAAGUUUUAACUUGCAAUUUAAGAUCAUUUAGAUUACAUUUUGCAGUCAUUUUAUAAUACAAACCAAACUCAAAAUUCAGCAUGUGGCACACGUGAACUUGGGCAGUGAAUUAUGUGAUAACACUGAUAACCAUUUACUUAUACACAAAAACAGCAAAGUGAGGGUUCAAACCAACUUUUUUUUCUUCUCAUUAAUCAUAUUUUGUAUUGAAAGUACUGAAUAACAUAGGAAAGCAUACUUCAUUUUCUGUGACUGUGAAAGUACUUUGCAUAAACUGGAAUUUUGUACUAAGCAGAUUUGUAGUACUGAGGUUUUACUACUAUUUGCAGGAACAUGCCAAUUUUUUAUGUUAAAAAGCUAAAAGCGUAUCUGGGAUAAUUUCCACAUGGUUCAAGUGGACGUCUCCAAUGAUUUAAGCGUAAUGCGCGACCAUAGAUUGAAGCGAGGCGUUGAAAAACAAAAUACAAGCUAUCAAAAUGGUGCUGGAAGUAGUGAAAGGUUCAUUAACUACAGUUGUACCACCUAUACUUAAUAAUUUCCCACACUACUGGCUACUGUAGGGCCAAAGUGCACCUGCUGUUAGUGUCAGUUAUUGUAGUAAGUUGUUUCAUCGUGGAUUAGUUCACAUUCAAAAUGCACACAAAUGUGACAGCAUGUGAGAGGAGACUAUGAGGUGAUAAACAUCAACAUAACUUCUCUGUUUCAUAUACGAUAGAUUCCAGAAAAAUUCACAUACCCUCUUUUAUCGCAUAAUCGUCACACCUAUACAGUGAAAUUCCGUUACAACGUACUUCAGAAUAACGUAUCUUUCAGUUCAACGUAUGAUUUUAAAUUCCCGCUCAAAACACCAAUGUAAACAAUGUAAAAAUAUUUCACUUUAACGUUAAAAACGUAUCCUACCUUUCAAUACAACGACCAUUCUUUUCCAGUUAUCAGGAAAAUGUUACAUGAUAGUUACUGAUUUUGCGCAGGGGUUCUUUAAUAUAAAUGUGCAUUACGAUUAAUUUUUAUCACUUUCAAGAAUCGUUAACAAGUAUAAAACGUAAACAAACAUUGUAUCAACGAUUCAUAGAAUCAUAGUACAGUAUAACGUGCCAUUCGUCCUCCUCCAUGGAUCACACACUUUAGUGCACGAGACGAUCUAAACAAUUGAUUGCUGUCUCGCCACUCUUCAAAACUUGUUUUUAGCUGCGCCAGCUUUUGGUUAUUUGUAGAGCACGUUUUAAAAAGUUUUUAUUAACGCAGAUACAAACGUCAAAUAAAAAUUAUAUUUCAACUUAUAUACGAAAUAGAAAAUCCAAUGUUAAUUUAUGCAGGUUAAGUUUUCAACUCUUUUGUGUCACAACAUGGCCAACACGCUUUAAUUGUGUUGCCAAGAAGAUUUGGAAUGUCGCCUGGCACAGCCAUGCUCGCAACGUGCACUACUAGUGCGGCGCUAUGGUUAUCUAUGGAUGCGAGGUUUGUUUACGUUUGAUGUGGAGCGAGGCAAACAAUAUUGUUGAUUGAAUAUUUUAAUCAGGAUGGAUGGCCAAAAAGAUAAAAAGAAACGCAAGCAGUUUACUUUUAAGGAAAAUGUGGAAAUUUUAAAAGAAGUUGACUAAGGCAGGAAAAAUGCAGAUGUGGCACGGUCGUUUGGUUUGGUUCCCACUACACUGUCAACAAUAAUAAAAGAUCGCGAAAAAAUUAUUUAACUGUAUGAACAGUCAUCUUUAUCUGCUGGUCGCAAGAGACUUCACCUAGGAAAUGACGAGGGAAUUCUAUCCCAAUAAAUGUACAUAUCUGCAAAAUAGUUUAACCCAUUUGUCAUUUUGUAUAUGUAGGCCUAGAAUUUAGGCUACUGUAUUAAGUUCAGUAAUUUUUUUUAAAACUCUUGUUGUUUUACAAAUAUUUGCUUUCAAGCUAAUGUAACAUUUGAUCCCCUACUACUUUAUUUUUAAAAAUUCAAAAAUACUAUAUUUUAAAGGUAACUUUCAGAAUAAAGUACUUUCAUUACUACUCAAUUUAAUUAACGAAAAUAACGAAGUUGUCUGACGUGUAAAUUUUCUUUUAAAGACGUUUUCAAACGUUAUUACCUUCAUCUGUUCGUUUGCGUCGUCGCAAUGUACCAUUUAUAAUAAUGUAGAAAGCGCUAGUUGGCAUAAUUCGUGUUUGGUUAUGUUGCUUCCCGUAUAGAGCGCGCACACGUAGUCGAAUAUCGAUAUCUUGCCGAUUGCAUGGACCGCGCGCUCUCUUUCAACUACCAAGUUAACUACAUUUGAUGGCCCACACUCUUUCGUGGCAAGUGUGUACUACGGCAAUAGUUACGUGUUAGUUCAUGUCACAGAUUCAAGUGGCUUGCGUUCGCGUCACAGUUUUGGUUUUUCUAUUUAAAGUCGAAGAAAGGUUUUUGUUGCAAGACUUAUUAAUUUAUAUUGUUUGGCGUGCUCUUUUAAACUUCCCUUUUUAAAUAAACGUACUUUCCAUGAAUGGGUAUUGUUUUCAUAAAUAACUUUAUCUAACAAUUUUUUUUCUUUCAUAAUCGUCGCACCCCUACUUUUCAAACUUGAUUUUAAAAUAAAAUGUGUGACGAUUAUGCGAGAAAACAUGGUACUACCUGAUUGCAACCAACAGUUUGCCUGAAUAGGAAAUACCUCUGAUAGGCGUGUUUCAGUUUUUCAAGGUUUUGGAAUAACACAGAAUGCACAAUUUAGGUGCACUGUUAUAGUGGAAGUUUUAUUUUAUCCUACAGUUGUAGUGCCAUUGUGAUACUUGUGAGAAUUUGAAGAAAAGUUAGAAUAUUUAAGUAAUCCUGCGAUAAUGGGAAGGUAACAUAAUGUAACUUGCAAGCAUUUUAUUAAAGUGAAUACACUUUCGACACAGAAUUAAUGAUACGGAAAUUAAAUAACAAUAUUUCCAAGUAUGUUUUUGUUAUUCUUGUAAUUGUACUUACUAUAAUGCAGUAGUUUUGCAGUACACUGCUAUUUUUAAUUAAAACUCUUAAGUACAUUAUAUUUUUAUGUAUAUUAUGGGCUGAAAACUACUGUUGCCCAGAAUAUAAGUAAAUAUUUCCCCCUUAAUUUAUAAAGAAAAAUGCUCACCCGAUUUAUGUGCAAGAAUUUCCGAAAUGGCAAUAAUUAAAUUUUAUACUGUUGCAAAAUUAUUUUUACAAAAAAUACAGUUUUAACAUACAAAUUGAUGAGUUGCAACUUGUUUGUUCACCAGGAAUAUGUUGCCAGCAAAGAAAGUGCAAUCAUUAAUAAAGUGUGUAAUCCUAACUUGUAAAAUAAAUUGUGUAUAAAUUAUGUUUGAAGAUGUGUAAUCAUGUGACCAGCAGAUACAUUAGAGGAUUUGUAAGCAAGUACAUUAUUUUUUUUAAUGUACUAAAUUUUUUCCCAUGAAUUUUAAACUGAAAAGCAAUAGGUUGACUUAUAUGCAAGUUAUUCGGGAUGAUACGUAUGUUGUCUGAUGCUGUAUGCUAUGUGGAUACAAUAUCUCACACAUUAAAUUUGCAUAAAUGAAAUAGAAA